CAUUCCUCCCUGCCCUUGCUGCCGUUCAUCGGUGCCACGAUUUGAUAAAUGCUCCUCAUGUAUUGCAAAAUUCUUGAAACCCAAUUUAUUGUUGUAACCGUUGGAAUGUGAAAACAAUCAACAAUCAUUAUUACUUGAUUUAAUUUCAUUUGAAGUCAUUCGUUUGCCAAAUCUUUAAAACCCUUCAUAUCAUUAUUGUUUUCUUUAUUUAAUUUCUAUGUUUCUCUAGAAGCCAGCGACCAGUCAUCGCACAACCACCAUCAAAUGCCGCACACUGUUGAUUCUCCGCCAAGUCGGCUCUGGUGGAUAGAACGAACGACGAAACGAGACCUGCUGAGAUGCGUGACAACGGCAUCCUACAAUUUUGGAUCACCAGAAACAUGUUUAGUUCAUGUGGGAUUGGAAUUGCAUUCUUUCAUAUGAUCCUUGAUUUUCCGCUCGCAAUUGCAAAUACGCUUACCGCCCGGUUAAAUGAUGGAAUUCCCUAUAUUGAUGAGAAAUGGGUGCUUCUCGGUUUCUGUAUAUACGCAGCUACACUGUAUCUGCAUUUUGCCACAUCAGUCAUUAUUCAUGAAAUAACAACAUCUCUUGGAAUCUACUGUUUUAGGGAUAAGAAUCGCAAAGAAAAAGGCCUGAGACAUGUUCAUGUUCGAUAUGAAGGUUACUACCAGCUCACAAAUUGGAAUUGGAUAUAUUGAUAUACCCGAGUUUUGUGACAGGUUUCGUAUCUGUUGUUACAGAUUCGGCUGAUCGGAAUCAAGGGUUUCAAAUAAAGUGGUGGAACUUGCAUUAGUUAAUAGACCACAGGUGAAUAGAGAUAUUGCUGGUUCUUCUAUUUUACUUCACCCUAGAGAAUUUGCAUUUGUUCACACUUGAAACAAUGCGGGUUUCAAUCAGAGUCAAAGUGGGAUUCAAGGAAACUUUGGGGGUGGUUUUUUGAGUCUUCGACUUGGAGGUAGUGAAGAAUCGGUAUCUACUUCACCUUGCGUCAUGGAUUUAUAGCGGUGAGCACUUAUAUACACAACAAUGUUAAGAGGCUGGACUGGAACUUUUUUAGAAAAAUAACGUCAUAAUAAAAAAAAAUGAUGAUGCAAAACUCAAUCCUGUAUUAGAUGGUACAGAUGAAUUUUCAUUAUUCGCAUCCCCAUCAUUUUAGGAUUGAAUCAAGGUGAUACUGCUCUUCCAUUAAAGGGUUGGCCUUUGAGUGUAAGACAAGAUGGUUUGCAUUUCUUCCAUACAACGUUAUAAUUUGAUUUCUAAAGAUGCUUGGCGUGAAUUUCCUUAACAGGGAAUGGACGAUUUACACCCUAAUAUGUGUUUGCAAGUAAAAAAGCUCAAUAUGCAGAAUCAACAUCAGUUAUAUUUGCCUUGAAACAUGCCCAGGCCCAAGGUAAUAUUGUAACUUCACCAAAUUAUGGGUUUGUUGGAUUAUCUAGAGGCAGUCUGAGUAUGAAAGAUGGUCAAACCACAAGAAAUGAUGGAUCCCCUGGUCAAAUGAAUUCACCCCAGGUUAAGAUUUUCUUUUUAUGAUCUAAUUCUUGGUUCUCUGUGUUAUUAUAACAUCUCUCUUUUAUCUACACAAUCCCCAACAAGACCACUUUAAUCUAUACUUCUGUUCAAAUAUCUGGCUAUUGAUAAUAAGAGGGGUUCGUUUAUGUAGUACAAUAAUUAGGGCUUAAAAUAAGAUAUCAGUUACAACGGUUGAAUUAGCUGUGUGUGUAACUUAUUGCCAUCCGGGGUUAAGCCAACUUCACUUGGUUGUGUAUGCUUGACUGCACGCCUUGAUAUAGAGGCUGCAAAUUUGGUGGGUUUUGAUAACGGAUCAAAAAAGAAAGUUUUAGGAUGGAAAACAAAUUGUGUGGGUUCCAUGAGCUUCAUUUUGGUUUCCUCUAAAGAAGGCCUUUGUGCUGUAAAACUUCAUAGUUGUAGAGCAAAUAAGUGGUCAAUUGGACUAAAUUAACUUUAAAAGUAAAUUGAUAAAUAACUAGAGACAUGAACAAUUGUUAAGAGUCAAAUAAAGUAAUAAACUACUGGGGAUAUAAAAAGUCAAAGUUUUAAGGUAGGACAGGAAUCGGUUCAUGUUUGUCAACUGUCCUGUUGUCUUCUUGUGACUUUUGAAACUUAGAUGUGGAUAUUUCUAUAACUUGAUCAACUAUAUAGACAGUUGCCCAAUAGUUUCAAUUGAAUAUCCAUAUGGAGCACCACCACAAGCUUACCAAAAAAAAAAUACGAUGUGCAGUAAUAGGUGUUUUUUUUUUCUUUUGAAACAAUGAUGUAGUAUCAUAGUGUGGAUUGCACCAUUUGAUCCAACUAAGAAGGAGGAGGAGGUUAUUCAAGAUGUCAACUGUAAGUACUUUUUAAAAUUCUUUUUUUACUAAGAUAAUGCGAUUAGUGAUCCGAUCCUCUUUGUAUUAACUAUGAACUUAAUAACAAGCAUUAAAUAGUGUGAUUAUAUAAACCAUUAAAAGUACUUUAACGAACCACUAGCCCGCCGUAACUUAGAAAUUACACUACAUCAGUUUAUGAGCAGCAUCUGGUUAUGAGCCCGUAAAAUAUCACGGUCAAUGGCCCUUCAAACGAGUAUUUGGAAUUCAGGUCUGUUAUCAUCAAUCUUAUACCUCAUAAUCUCAAUGCUUUUUUUGAUCUUCAAUCUUAAGCAACGUAUUGUAAUUUUUCCAGGAGCCUGCUUUUGUCGCAUUUUCUGCACUUAACCUUGCAAUGCAUUUUCAUGGGUGGUUAUCGUUCUUCAUCCUCUUGCAUUACAAGCUGCCGGUGAAAGCAGAUAAAAAGCCGUACUAUGAGUAUGCUGGUCUAUGGCAUCUAUAUGCGCUCCUAGCCGUCAUUUGACGCCUCUACCCUUGAGAAAUCGGUGCCUCCAGGGUAUCUCUGAAAUUCAUUAGUAAUUUGGAAAAUGAGAUUUUAAAUGCGUCGAUGGAGAAGGAGAUUUUGAAGAUUGAAGUGAUGCGAGCCCAACCGAUGAUCAACAUUCUUCAGUGACUGCUUGACUGAAGAGAAUAAUGAAUUGAGGAAGGGUGUUUAGGUAAUUACAGCUCUAUACUUGUGUUCAUUAUUACUUUAACCAUGUAGCUAAUGAACACCACAAGGUUAUGGGGAAAAGGCCAUUUCUAGGUAACAUGACUCUUUAUCACUUGUUUUUCUCAGAGAUCUUAGUCAAAUAAAGUCUUAUGUCAAGACCUUCUCCUGUUAGAAGCUGUGGAAAUGCUGCUAGAGUCGGUUAGUGCUGUUAAUCUAUGGUUAGAAGAGAUUAGUUCUGCUCUGUGUUUACAAGCAUAUUUGACAAACAAAAGAUAAAAAGUAUCUAAGCUGUCUUAAUGGCGAUACAUAUAAUAAUCUUGUGUAUAAUACUAAGUGAGAAUAUUUUCUUGAAGCCUGACGUUGCUAAUUCAA